AUAGAGACCCAUGAGCGCUGAGGGGCGAGCGGCCCAGACGCCGGGCUGCAGGGGACCAAGAGCACGAUGUCUUUCCGCGACCUCCGCAAUUUUACAGAGAUGAUGAGAGCCUUGGGAUACCCUCGCCAUAUCUCUAUGGAAAACUUCCGCACACCAAAUUUUGGACUUGUGUCUGAAGUGCUGCUUUGGCUUGUGAAACGAUAUGAACCCCAGACCGACAUCCCUUCCGAUGUUGAGACUGAACAAGACCGAGUUUUCUUCAUUAAGGCAAUUGCCCAGUUCCUGGCCACCAAGGCACAUAUAAAACUCAAUACUAAGAAGCUUUAUCAGGCAGAUGGGUAUGCAGUGAAAGAGCUUUUGAAGAUCACCUCUGUCCUUUAUAAUGCCAUGAAGACCAAAGGGAUGGAGGGCUCUAAGAUAGGAGAGGAGGACAUCAGCAAAUUCAAGUUUGAUCUUGGCUCAAAGAUUGCAGAUUUGAAAGCAGCCAGGCAACUUGCUUCUGAAAUCACCUCCAAAGGAGCAUCUCUGUAUGACCUGCUGGGCAAGGAGGUAGAGUUGAGGGAACUGAGAACAGAAGCAAUUGCCAGACCUCUGGAAAUAAACGAGACUGAAAAAGUGAUGAGAAUUGCAAUAAAAGAUAUUUUGGCGCAGGUGCAGAAGACUAAAGAUAUGCUCAAUAAUGUGGCCUCUGAUGAAGCUAAUUUAGAAGCCAAAAUCGAGAAGAGGAAAUUAGAACUGGAACGAAAUCGGAAGCGGCUUCAGACUCUGCAGAGUGUCAGGCCAGCCUUUAUGGAUGAAUAUGAGAAGAUCGAGGAGGAGUUGCAAAAGCAGUAUGACGUUUAUCUAGAGAAAUUUCGAAAUCUGGCUUAUCUGGAACAGCAGCUCGAGGACCAUCAUAGGAUGGAGCAAGAGAGGUUUGAGGAAGCUGAAAACACUCUGCGCCUGAUGCAGAACAAGCUGAAGGAGGAAGAGAAGCGCCUGCUCCGGAGUGGAAGUAAUGAUGACUCGGACAUUGACACCCAGGAAGAUGAUGAAUCUGACAGUGAAUUGGAGGAGAGGCGGCUGUCCAAGCCGCGGCCGGCCAUGGAGGUGCUCAUGCAAGGAAGACCCAGCAAACGCAUCGUGGGCACAAUGCAGGGCGGAGACUCUGAUGACGACGAGGACUCCGAGGACAGUGAGAUUGACAUGGAGGGUGAUGAAGAAGACGACGAUUUGGAAGAUGAGAGCGUUGCUCUCUCGCCAGCUAAGCCCAUUCGAAGGGUCCGGAAGCCCGAGCCCCUGGAUGAGAGCGACAAUGACUUCUGACCCUUUUGCCCAAGGGACCAGACUGAUUAAAUCCCUCAGAUCUAUAUAGGUAAACGGGAAGUUGGAAGGUUAGGAAGGAAACCUAUUUUGUUCACUAAACUAGUUGGACUCAUUAAUGAAGCAACACCUAGUUGUUCUUUAGCCUCCACUGUGUUAUUCCACAGAGCUUCAAUAAGAACUGAAGUAAGCCCCAAAGAGAAUGUGUUUUUUUGCCUUAUUUAUGUCCUGAAACUUGGGGAAUGCAUGUGUUCUUAGAGAUGCACAUGCACGGGACAAACACCCAAGGAGAAAUAAG